AUGAGAGAUAUUCAACAUGUUAUUGAUCUUGUUCCUGGUUCAUCUUUACCUAAUUUGCCACAUUAUAGAAUGAACCCAAAGGAACAUGACGAGCUAAAGAGGAAGUUGGGGCAUAGACACAUAAAAUGGGUUGAGUACAUACAACAGUUCACCUUUGUGCUCAAAUACCGAGCUGGUGUCGAGAACAAAGCAGCUGAUGCUUUGAGUCGGGUCGUAGCCACAUUGGAGACACUUCAUAUUAAGGGUACUUCUAUUACUCACCCUGAUUUUGUCAUUCAUGAUGGGUUCCUUUUCAAGGGAACAAGAUUGUGCAUCCCAUCCACAUCUCUACGUGACCAAUUGAUUGAAGAGUUACAUGCGAGGGGCACCGCAGGUCAUUUUGGUAAGGACAAGACAAUUGCUAUGGUAGAAGAUAAGUUUUAUUUGCCUAGUAUCAAGAGGGAUGUUGCCAUAAUUGUUUCCCACUGCCGCACAUGUCAGACAGCUCAGGGUAGGAAACAAAACACUAUUGCCAGUACCACACGUACCUUGGCAAAACAUUAG